GCUGUGUGGGGCGGGCGGGAAAACGGCUAACCGGUGAGUGGCUCGGGGCUCGUCCUGCUGGAAAGGAGUGUAGAGGAGAUCCAGAGCAGACGCUGACUGCUGAGGAGGGCUGGGCCUGUUAGGGGCAGGCCAGCAUACUGAGACAUGGUUAAAUAUACCCCCUCCGGGCACAUGCAGCUGCCCAGAGCUGAUGCCAUUCGCUCUCGUCGCAUUGACCUGGAGCAUUUUCAAGUCUCCGACCAGCCUAUGCCACUGUACACGACCCGGGAGAUCAUUGAUCCUUCCUACCUGAAGUCUCUUAGGCUGAGAGAUCAACAUCAGCAAGUACGCUUCUCCACAAAGCCCCGGUACCUAGGCCGGGUUUCACACGGCCAGCGACUGCUGUGUAGAUUUCAUGUCCGGCACGGGCCUUGGCCGCCUCUUUCCCUUUGGGCCCAGUGGGUUAUUGAACAUGCUUGGUUCAAGAACAUGAUCAGUUUCCUCAUCGUUUUGAAUGCAAUUGUACGGAUGAUUACAACAGAAUUGCUGGAUUCCACGAACACCCAACUGUGGCUGCUGAAGCUGUCUCUGGAGGUGGUGAUCUGGUUUAUCUUGCCCGUUUUCAUCGUGGAAAUCCUUCUGAAGUGGAUAGCCAGCUUCUCCCUGUACUGGAAGAACCCCUGGAACAUCUUUGACUUUGUCAUCACCCUGUUGCCCUUCCUUUAUGAAAUCUUGGUGCUGGGCGGCGUAACAGGCCAUCCUGUGUGGCUGGAGCUGAUGAGCAUCUGCGGCGUGAUGAGGUGUUUCAGGCUCUAUGCCCAGUUCCACCAAGUCCGAGUUAUCAUUUUGGCCCUGGUCAGGACCUUCAAGAACAUCCGAUUUCACUUCAUGUUGCUACUCAUCUUCUUCUACAUCUUUGCCGUGGCUGGAGUCUACUUCUUCAAGGAUUACAGCCGUUCCACUCGCCAGGACCUGGUGAACCCACAGGCCUUCUUUAGCCUGCCAAACUCCCUCAUCACCAUCUUCAUCCUCUUCACCAUGGACCAGUGGAAUGCGCUGCUCCGGGACCUCUGGAAGGUGCCGGAAGUCAGCUCCACGGUCAGCAGCAUCUAUAUCAUCCUCUGGGUGCUGCUUGGCUCCAUCAUCUUACGGAAUGUCAUAAUAAGCACUAUGGCAAAUAACUUCCAGGACAUCCGGGAUGAGCUGGACAAGGAGAUGGCACACCUGGCAGCCCAGCACAAAGCUGACUUCCUCAAGCUACAGAUCCUCAGGAGGAGACAAAACGCAUCCUUUGCAACACUGAGGUCAAGCCACAGCAAAGUCAAUGGCAGAGACGUCAGCCACUGGAGGACGUCCGUGGACUUCCAAGAACCUCCUAAAAAAGAAUCUAAACAUAGUGCUAUGGGGAAGGAACUGAAAGUGUCUUCCAAAAAGAAAGAGUCCUUGCCUAAAAGAGAAGAUGACGACUCCUCCUCUACUUCUUCCUCUUCAGAACAUGAUCAGCUGGACUGGGAGAACCUGGUGCACCAGAAUCUCCCCGAGCUCAUAGAAAUGGAUCAGGAGGAGUAUACCGUUUGGCCCAAGAAUCUCGUCCUGCGGUAUCUUGAGCUGCUGGAAAAGCUGCAGUAUAACCUGGAGGAGCGGAAGGAGCUGCAGCAGUUGGCAGCACAGGCACUGAUGAAUUUCCAAGACAGGUAACGCCCGUGAUGAACGGCUUCCAGAUUUUGGGAAACAGCAAAAGAUAAUGAAGGAAAUAGUUGGAAAUAGAAAAUUCAAAAUUAUCCACGUCUAAUAAAUACUGCUGGUAACACUG